GAUAAGACAUUGCCUCUGAUCUCUCUCUCUCCCUCUCUCUCUACCUCAAUCUUCAUGUUUAGGAGAGACAUGUCAGGAUUUGUCCGGCGAUAUAUAUGUAUGUGUAUGCAUGUAUAAGCUGAAGUUAUGCACAUUCCGACCAACAACUUGUAUGAUCGAGGCAUCAUCAUUACCAACUGAAUGCAGACAAGAUCAUGAACAGAAAAAGGGACUCUCGGGAACAUAUCGUGUCUCAAAAAGCAUUGAAAUAGCAAUAACAGCAGCUUCAGACAUACAGAAGACAAGUAGCUAUGGAAGAAGGACUAGAGAUACUUGAUCAAGAAAAGAUUGAUGGUUGCGAGGGCCAAGCUGAAAACAUUUCCUUAAUGUCGUCCCAAAAGUGCUCAUCCUACGAUUUGAAUGAAGAAGCAAGCAGCGCAGAGGAUAAUGGCACUGCUGAAGUUAGUAAUACUGAUGGUGACAUGAGAACAGAAGGGAAUUCUGCUAAUAAUGCUACAUCUGCAGAGAGAAAUGGACUCAGGCCUACAGUUAGGCAAUAUGUUAGAUCAAAAAUGCCUCGGCUACGAUGGACUCCUGAUCUCCAUCUCUCUUUUGUGCAUGCUGUUGAAAGGCUUGGUGGACAAGAGAAAGCAACUCCCAAGUUAGUUUUUCAGUUAAUGAAUGUGAGGGAACUUAGCAUUGCCCAUGUAAAGAGCCAUCUACAGAGGUACCGAAGUAAGAAGCUUGAUGAGGCCGGACAAGUGCUGUGUCAAACAUACAAAUCAAAGCAUGGAAAAGAUUACGUUCAGGGCAAGUUCCACCAAAUUUCAUCAGCCUGUCCUCAACAAUGCUUCAGAAUGGGGAGUGGUGGUGUUAUUUUAGCCAGAAAUUCUACAGAGCAUACUUUUGGUCACAGUCUUUUGCACUCUUCCCUCUUCCAAAGACCACCAAGUAACAAAACCAGGCUCUCAAGGUACCAACAAUGGGAAAUUGGUGCGCAUGGAGUAAAAAGGCAAAGUAAUUUGGCAAGAAAGGAUCUCGGACAAGGAAUGGAGACAGCAAUCGACAUAAGGCCAAUAAGGCCACUCAGAUUGCUUGAAGAACGGCGGUGGCAUCCACUCGAAAUGGCUAAAAAUUGCUGGGAAAUUAUCAGAAGUAAUCCAACCAGUGUCACCUGCACUAAUAGUUGUUCCGGCUCCCCCCCUCAAGCACAUCUAAAUUGUUCAUCUCCACGGUUGUUCGAGACAAACAGCUACCGGAAGCCAACUGCAGUCAACUCUGGAAAUGACGUAAAGAUAAAGCAAUCCUUAGUCAAUUCGUCUCUUUCUACUGGCAAUUUCAAUUGUUUUAAAUCCAAGUUUGAGCCCCCAUUUCGGCUUGAGCUGAAUAAUGAUAAAUUGUUGAAUGACAAGGAAUGGCUGCCUGAUCUGCAACUGAGACUGAGCCAAAGAGUUGGAAUCAAUGACCAUGGGACUCAGUGUAGAAGCACACAGGAAAUAAUUAGCACCAAGCUUUCACUUUCUUAGAGGUCAUAUUGAAGUCAGGAAAUUUUUUAUAGAAACUUAGUCUACACAAUACUCUUGCUUGGCCACAUUAAGCCUGAGUACUUAAGGAUAUCUGUAUGUAGAGAAAUUCAUAUACAGGACUAGUGCAGAUCUUUACUUGUCUUUUUGGAGUCACAUAAGCAUUAGCAGACUUUUUUUUAUUU